CGUUCUCCCGCCCCUCCUUUAACAGCAACGAACUUUAUUCGGGCGAGCUUUAUCGAUUAAAAAUGUCGCUCUUACAUUCCCUUUUCGUCCUGACAGCUCAUGUUGUCGGCUUACUCUUGUUUGUGUUGUUUUUAGCCUUCAUUGGCUACUGCGCAUACGUUAAGUAUAUACACUUGAAGACCGACCACAUACCUGGACCGCCGAGGGAAAGUUUUCUCUUCGGACAUUCUCCAGUUUUUUGGAGGGUAAUGAAAAACGACAAACUGAUGCAUGACGUAUUCUUAAAAUGGGCCGAGAUUUACGGACCUGCAUACAGAGUCAAUGCACUUCAUUACGUCCUUGUCUUUAUUACAUGUCCAGAGACAGUCAAGGAAAUCCUGAUGUCCCCCAAGUAUCCCAAAGACAUGUUCUUGCACACGCGACUCUUCAGCAUGUUUGGUCAAAGGUUCUUGGGCAAUGGCCUGGUAACAGCAAGGGACCAUGAUCAGUGGUACAAACAACGGCGGAUAAUGGACCCCGCCUUUAGUAGCCUGUACUUGAGGAGUCUGACGGGAACGUUCAACGAGCGAGCCGAGAGUCUGAUGACCAAACUGUCGGACAUUGCCGACAAAAAGACAGAAGCUAACAUGCUGGAGCUGGUCAACAAGGUCACUUUGAGUGUCAUCAUCAAGGUUGCAUUCGGCAUAGAUUUAGAGCUGCUGGAGACCACGGCGUCCCCUUUCCCCGACGCCAUCGAGAUGUGUCUGAAAGGGAUGGUAUACAACAUACGGGACGUCUUUUUUCGGUUUAAUCCCAAAAAUUGGGCCUUUGUGGAGGAAGUUCGCGCCGCCUGCAAACUGCUGCGCUCCACUGGUUCCGAAUGGAUUAACAAUAGGCGGGAGGCCAUUCAGAGUGGCGGUGACGUGCCCAAAGACAUCCUCACGCAGAUCAUAAAAUCGGCGGGAAAAGAGGAAAGCACGACGAAAGAAGAUGAAGAAUUCAUGCUGGACAAUUUUGUGACCUUCUUCAUCGCUGGACAAGAAACGACCGCUAACCAGUUGGCGUUUUGCAUCAUGGAGCUCGCCAGAAAUCCCGAUAUUCUAGAAAAAGCUCAAAAGGAAGUGGACGAAGUCAUCGGGAUGAAGCGAGAAAUCAGCUACGACGAUCUGGGGAAACUCGUUUACCUCUCGCAGAUUCUUAAAGAGACUUUAAGAAUCUACCCGACAGCUCCAGGGACAUCCCGUGAGCUCGUCCAAGACCUCGUCAUUGACGGCAUCCACAUUCCAGCUGGCGUCAUCUGUAUUUUUAGCUCAUACGUGUCCAGCAGAAUGGAAAAGUUCUUCAAGAAUCCACUGGAAUUUAAUCCAGAUCACUUCCACCCAGAUGCUCCCAAGCCUUAUUACACCUACUACCCCUUUUCUCUGGGGCCACGCUCCUGCCUGGGACAGAACUUUGCUCAGAUGGAAGCUAAAGUGGUGAUGGCCAAGUUAAUCCAGAGGUUCAAUUUUGCCUUGACGCCCGGCCAGAGCUGCGAAAUCCGCGACGUGGGCACGCUGCGACCCAAAGGUGGCGUGGUGUGUACGCUCUCACAUAGGAAGCACUCUGGCUUGUAAAUGCGCAAAAUGACGGCGGCACUUUAAAGCACCUUAGGAAGGUAUUUUUUAUAUUUAGGAAGACUUUUGCUCAAGUCAUUACUGGGGCUUGUCCUUUCUUUCUCUUUUAAUCCAUGUUCAACUUAUACAGCUGCAGUCCUAUCAGAAAGUUUGAAUCUUAAAAAAAAUGCACCUUAUAGUAAACGAAUUAUUUACUAGCCUACGAUGACGAAAAAAUGUCAAAAUAAUCACUAGAAUGAAUAAAAAAAAAAAAAAAUCAAAAUUUGCAUGAUUAAUAUCAUUAUCAUGAACAUCGUAUCAUAUCAUACACGUCAUAUACAUACAUGUGACAUAUAAAUGAACAUUUUUAAUGGUUUUGCCUGCAAUUGAAUCUUUUGAAAUAAAUACAUUUAAGUGUAA